GACUCAUAUAUAGUUUGUGGGACAAAUGCGAUGCCGUCGGCAGGGUUGGUGAUCUGUUCUAUCAUUUAGCCACGACAGCAGGUAAUAUGGUGCUGCUUAUGCGUGUGCAGUCAAUCAUGCCGAUUGCAUAUAAGAUGAAGACGCUUAUUUUGCAUUGCUCAGCACUGUUUAUACGAAUCAUACUUGGUAUUGUCGAUGUUAUUUUGAUCCAUAUGGAUAAUUAUGCUGACGGUACUUGUCAUUACGUUGUCAAAGAAUACUGGGGUCCAGUUUAUACGUUAUAUGAUACCUUUAUUGAUCUAUACGUUUCAAUCAUGAUAAUAAUAAUUAUUAUCAAUCACAUCCGGUCUCUCAAGUCUGACAGCUUGCGAGGGAAUACGAUUCUUUACACAUCUGUCAUCUAUUAUAAUGCGAUACGAACAGUGUGUUUAACUAUUGCAAAUUUUCUGUCCGCUUUUUUUGUCAUAAUGGAUGCUAAAUUAGUUAUGUUAUUGUGGCCUAUCAUCAAUAUUGUUUUUGUCGUACUAAUAGGAUACGAUGCAGAUGUUAUGAAGACAAUACAAAAAUUACGACAGAAAGACUGGCAAAUAACAGCAGCGGCAACAGCUCAUAACGCAUUCAUCGUCGGCCAGUUGCCAUCCGUAUCACAACCAAAUCAAGCAAUGAAUGGAUCAUUAAAGAAAGGUAUUCAAGCGAAAUUUUCCUAAUAUUGCCAUGAAUGAUACCACUGUCUAUUCAACAGAGGAGUGGAAGCCUAUAACGGUUAUUUCUAUGGGACAGAACCAAAUAUCUACUGAUUCAUUGAAGCAUACAGCAUUUCGUGAUGCAAUUGAUAGACAAGUUGAUCACGUUCAGAUUAAUUGAUGCUCUCCGUAAUUGCAUGCCAAUUUGUACCCCAGCGAUUAUCUAUUAUACUCCUUCUCCAUAAAAAUACCAUCAAGAUUACCAUAAAAUCACUCUGCUCAUGCGAUUACACUGUUUUAAUUGCAUAAUUAUCAAAGUGGAACAGUUCGUAGUCUAUAGUAGUCGUGAUUAGCAUAUUGCUGUGACGAGAC